UCCUGAGCGUUCGAUAUUAAUAAUUAUUUACCGGUAAAUACCGAUAUAUUUGUGUGCACUGUGGGAAAUUACAUUGUCGUUUUAUUUUAUUUAACAGGUUUGUGUGCACUAAGUAAGGGUUCAAUAGAUGAUCACUUUAUUUAACAAUGUAUAUUAAUAACGUUAAGUAAAAGUGCUGGAUAGUUUUAUGUAACAGUUUGUUUUAAUAACAAAUCGACAUUAUUUGUAUUGGCUAUGGAAUUUAAAGGAUAACGAAUUCCUUAACCUUCUUGGGUUUUUCGAUCAAUACUAGAUUCAGGUCAAGGUAAAGCUGAAUUAGAAGACACAUCAAUGAAAAGAGAUGAGCGACCCAGUCGGGAAAGUGUCGCCUGUUCGCGUGAGGCCGGAGUCGGAUGGCCACCAAACCGUUUUUGACGUGGCGUCACCGACAACGUCUGAGGACCUGGAUCACUUGAAAGCGCUCGAUGAGCAGAAGAAACGUCGAGAACAAGAGCCGCUCCGCUUUUGUCGUCUGGUGGCGGAAUAUCCUGUGCGAGCAUUCCUUUUGGCACUUUCUGUACACAUGCUGAUGGUUGUUAUAUCGGUAAUUUUGUUGGUGUCCGGUUACGAUCUACUUCCGGUGGAUUUCGAAAACUUGCCCCUGGAGGUCAAUGAUCAGCCCUGGAGGCCGCGUGAUCUAGCCUGGACACACAAGAAUGAGAUUGAGGGGUACUACAGCCGCACCCCGACGGCUUCCUACCGGCAAAACACCUACACCAGAGCAGAUAUUUUUCUGAUCUAUGACGGAGAGGGUAGUAAUAUUUUCACCAAAGCAAAGCUUCAGAAAAUUCAGUCAAUAGAAAAUGCGAUAACGUCAGUUCCAAAAUACAAGAAUUCUUACUGUCAGCUGAAUGUUUUUAAGACCGCGUGCGAGAAACCGUUAUCAAUUAUACGCUUUUUCGACGGGUCUUUUUCUAUGCUGUCGCCGGUUUUUAAUGACCCAAACUUCGACAAUAUAAACGCGGUGACAUACGAAGGAACCACGAACAACUUUACAGCGGGUUUCUUUCGCUUUUUUCUCGGAAAAUCCGCCGAAGUAAAGGCAGGAUCGGCGUUCUCGACCGUCACGCGGUCGCGGAUCCCGCUCGGCUACCCCUUGGAAGGCUACAAGAGCGAUAAAGAUUACGAGCAGCACAUCCGGGACUGGACCGCUGCAGAUGUCAAACCAAUUCUGGUGGAUGCCCGGGACUCCACGCAAGAGUUCGACUUCUCCUACAUGUCACAGCUGCUGUGGAUCGAAGACGUAUUGAAAAUGGCUCUGCAAGACGUUAUAUUCGUCGUCGGUAGUAUAUUCUUCAUAUUCGCCCUCAUUCUGUUUCAUACCCGGUCCCUCUGGAUUUCCGGCUUCGCCAUUCUCAGCAUUGUGACAAGUUUCAUUGGCACGAAUCUCAUAUACACUGUCGUCAUUGGCUUCAAAUAUAUUGGCUUCUUUCACGUCCUCACACUGUUUAUCGUGCUCGGAAUCGGAGCAGACGACAUAUUCGUCUUUUACGAUGUGUGGCGAAAUACCGCCUAUGACCAGUAUCCGAGCCUCGCUCACCGGCUUUCAGAUGCGUUCCGGAAAUCCGUCUUUAGCAUGCUGUUCACAUCCCUUACAACCGCAGUAGCCUUCUUCGCUACCGCCAUCUCUCCGUUACUGGCCACCAGAUCGUUCGGCGUGUUUUCAGGACUGGUCGUAACCCUCAACUAUAUAUCUGUAAUUCUCUAUUUUCCAACCGUUGUGGUCUUGUAUCACGUGAAAUUCGAACAUUUUCAAUGGCCUUGUAUAAAGUUCUGUAAAAAGCACUGCAAAUGCUUCCGUUGCUGUGAAAGCAAAAAUAUAUCUGAAGUCGAAAGUAUAUCGACUGAACCGGAAAGGAAAUCGAGUAAGUUCUUUAAAAGUAACAUGAUCGGUUCUUUACAAGACAACACAGCGAGCAUCGGUGUGGUUGAAAACGGAAGAGGUUAUAUGACAGAAAUCAGUAUAAACAAUCCCAAUUUAAAUAAACUUGAUUCUGAGAAAACAAUGUCCAAUGGCUUCGACAAUGAGACCACGAACGAGCAACUAGGCAAUUCCAAAAAUGAAAACGGUAACGUAAGCAAUGGGCAUACAAAUAAGGCGUUUGAAAACGACAUUAACGAUAAACAUGAAAAACCGAAAUCAGACAAAACGUUACCUGACAAUGCAGCCAAAGAUGAACAAGUGAAAAGAUACAACAAGAAAAUGAAGCAGAAGUCGUCAUUGGUGUUGUUUUUCAGGAACAAGUAUUCGUGGUUUGUAACCCACAAGAUCUUCCGUUGGGUGAUACUGGCCGUGCUGUUGGGGGUCCUAGUCUUCUUCAUCGUGCAGGCUUCAAAACUGGAGCCCGACAAUGAAGGGUUCAAGGUCCUGAAGGAUAGCCACGUGUACUCGAUCGCGGCGAAGCACCUGCAGGAAUCGUUCACGAUCAGCGACGAGGACUCAACGAUCACUAUCUACAUCGUCUGGGGGCUUCUGCAGAACGACAUGUCCGGCUGCCACUUCUCCACGCCCGAAUGCAAGGGGGAACAUCGCUGGGACGCCAACUUUAACCCUAGCACACACGCGGCGCAAACCGCCAUGAAUGCCCUGUGUGACCGGAUGCUGAGUUUUACCAAGAAGGAGGCUGAAGACUUCCACAUCAAAUCGGACUACACGACGGGCAAGCUGCAGAUCAACUGCUACAUGCGCAACCUUGACACAUUCCUGCAGGCCGAGAGCGCGAACACGAGUGUGGACUGGAACAUCAACUAUGACUACAACAAAGCUCUCAGCUUCAUGACCAGCCGCAACACAUUCUACAACACUACGGGUUUUGACAACAACUACAAACAUUUCUUAGAGGUGCCGAUCUCCUACUGGCUUACCAACAAGUACACGUUCGACUACCAGUCAGACUUCUAUCUCUUUAACCACCUGAUCGGCGAGCAGACCGGGGACUACACGCAGACACUCCUCACAGACAACAAAACGAAGUACGGUAAUAACAUCCGGUACGUGGCCAUACAAGUGAACACGACGUUGAAGGGCCAGACGCUUGGUUACGCCAAGGGGAUUCCCAUUAAGGACAAGUGGGAAGAGUUUGUCAAUGCGGAGAUGGCAAAAAUGCCCGCAGAAAUGGCAAACGGCUUUCAAGUUGUGGAACAAAUGUGGCACUGGCUUAUCAUUUCUAAGAUGCUGGCCGACAACGCCGUGUGGGGUAUUGUGAUCGGUGUGUGCCUUGCCUUCCCAAUCCUGGUGCUCGCCACUGGCAACCUGAUCACUGGUAGCCUAGCAACGUUCUCCAUGUGCUGCAGCACGAUCUGUGUCGUUGGGGUCGUCCCUCUCGGUGGUUGGAAGCUCGGGGUGUUGGUUUCCCUAAACAUGUCUAUGGUGGUCGGUUUGGCAGUGGAUCAGGUCGUGCACCUGGCGGAAGGUUACACGAUGUCGCUGCAUAGAGAUCGACAAAUGCGCCUGCGCGACAUGUUGGACGAGAUGGCGGUUUCUAUAUUUUUCGGAGCACUCACAACUCUCGGGGCGGCCAUGUUCAUGUUUUUCGCCCAGUUGUUAUUCUUUCUUCAAUUCGGAAUUUUCAUGUUUUCUACCAUUAUAUUUUCGUUAUUUUUCUCCAUGGGAUUAUUCGUUACAUUGAUGGGUCUCGUAGGACCUCAAGGUGACACCGGAAACGUACUCGCUAUGUGCCGGAAAUUGAUAAACUAUUGCAAAAGCAAGCGGAAAAAAUCCGAUAGCUGAACAGCAAACUUAUCGCAAUGCAUUCAACUACAAUAAGGACUAAUAAGGUCAUUGAACAGCGCAGUUAUCUUAUUUUAAUAAUUUAUUUUAAACCUAUUCAUUUUAGCUCAAGUUCACUAACAGUCUCAUACUUUUAGAGGCACUCUCGAGUCCGUUUAAUGUUUGCUUUUAAAACUUUCUUAUUUUAUGCCUUGUUAGUUUUUAAAUAUUAUUUUUGAUCAACUGAUAAUUGUGUUGCUAUUUUGGUUGUUGGUAAGAAAGUUACUUUUCGCCACAGGUUUAUCACUAUACAAGGUAUUUAUCAAUUAUCACGCACUUCUACUUAAUUCAAUUUACGUGCUUAACAUCGAACGUUGUUCAAACAUCAUUAAGCGGAUUGAAACGGCCUUAAACGCUAUUAACUCAUAUACUUAUCAGUAAUUUGAUUAUUUAUUUCUAUGAUCAUGGUUUAUGUCGCAUUUGUUUGUUGGUCUUUCAUUUUAUUGAACGUUUUCGAAAAUCUAUAUCAUUGAAUGUGUAAGUUGUUUUAAUUUGUUUUAUAUUUUAAACAAUCAUGUUGUUGUAAAUAGAAUGUAUUAGACAAUGUUACUUUUAAUUAAAGGUCUAUACCGGACAUUAAUUAUGUACCCGGGGAUGGUCCGUUAAUUGGAAUUUCCAAUAUACCGGCAAUCAUAUUGCUAUUAUUGUCUGACACUUUCAGUUUGAGCCAAUCUCGAUUUACUAUGUAGGACAUACUAUUGUGUAGGAAUUUUAGUUUAAUGACCAUCUGAAUUUCAAAAACAUCCAAACAACAAUUAGACCAUUAGAAUUUAAUGAGCUUAUAAGAUGUAGUGGCAUUAUUUGGAUAACCGAACAAAAGUUACUGUUGUGAAAGCUAAACCUCGUGUUUCUGCGAUGCACUUUUCUAACGGUCUUUCCGUCAAAUAUUAACAGUUAAGGGGGUUUACAUGUAUGUAUUCAUUUUAAAGAUCUGCAUUUGAAUAGUUAUAUAAAGUACAACUGAUUUUUUGAUGUUAUAGAAAAUUAAAUUUAAUCGAGAUUGUUACAUAAUUGGAACAUUUACCCAAGUGAUUAUUUUAUUUAUUGAUUUAUAUUUUAUACAGAUAUUAUGAGUUGUUACUAACGCCGAUUUACCUGUACACUUGUUAUUAUACGAGUAUACAUUUGUCAUAGUAUGACUUUUACCCCUUUCUUGUUGUGUUGGUAUAUGAUGACAAUCAUUUAUGUGAAGUGACUUCAUUGAAUGUUACAGUGUGCGACAAAUGAGUUCGUUUGUAGCCCAUGGUUAUACAGUUUAUACAUCAAUGCAUGUUACAUUUCACAUUUACCGGUACUAUGCACUAUACACUUUUUAUGCUGGUUUUUGCAGAAUGUAAGACGUAUACGAAAUAUCUAUUACAUACAUGUCCAUUUAUAACUACAAACUCGUGUUAUUAUUACUAUAAAUAUUAUCAUAUAAGUGAUACUGCAUCAGGUUAUGUUAAAUGGCACAUUAUGUAUUUAACCUUAGUUUUUUCUGCUCGAUUGAAAUAUUUCAAGGUCUUAUCUCAUUAAGAGGCAAUUUCCUUUCCACACAAUAUUUAUAAAGCAUUUAAGUUCACAUAAUGCCCUUUGCAAAAAAAUGCGAAAUUUGAGAAAACCGAACCUUUGCGUAUAUUGGUUGUUUCUACUAUUAAAUGAACACGCACACAAUCUAUUGACUUUGGAGAGUUGAGUGAAAAACUGUUGUACGCGCUCAUCUUUUUUUAAAUACGCGUUACAAAUUGCUUCUCGCUCAACAUUCGUCUAGCAUCGUUUCAAAACGCAGUGCUGUAUCCCUAUUAUAUUCAUUUGACUUAUGCAAAAGUUGUAUUCAUUCGGGUCUACUAGCGGGAAAUUGCAGCAAUGUUUGUAUCGCGGAUCUAGUCAGUAAACAAACUGAAAUCCAUGUAUACACCGUGCAUAGUACUUUUCCAGUUUAACGUCAUAUUUCUGCAAUGUUGUAACGCUGUUUUUGUUUACUAUUUUGGUUGUUUGUUUAAAUCAUAUUCAAAUAAACGAACAUUGAAGUUGUUUA